GAGAGAGAGAGACGCGGGAGACGAGGGAGGCUGUAAGUCAGUCAGAACACGAACAACUGAUGACAGAAGGAUACAGAGAUAAAGAGAAAGUCAGGUGGAAGAAAAAUGCUGACAUGUGUGUGAAAGAUCUGCAGACAGCUGAGCUGAAUCUGCACAGGAGGACAAAAAGGAUGGGAUUUGUGCUGUCUUCAGAAGUGGGUCAACACCUGAGACGGAGCUGAAAGGAGCAGCAGACACUGAGACAGUUUUGUCCAACUAAAAGAGCACAAGAGGGGUGAAACAAGCUGGAGACACAAGACACACAGGAAUGCAGUAUUAUAAAGAAAACACAUUCACUUUCUGUCAGCUGAGACAGAUACAGCUUAUUUUUCCAUAUUGCUGCUUGCGUGCUUUAUACUUCACAGUGUGUACACUCUAAGUUAUUCAAAUUCUAGACCAUUUAAAUCUUAUUUUCAAAAUGGAUUGUCAGCCACUUUCUCGUUGUUGAGCAGCACCAUUUUACUUCUUGAUAAACAAACUUUCUUACAACUCUGAACUGGUUUUACAGGUUACAUGUGGACCGAUUUCACAAAAUUUACCCUGCUGCUGGAAAUCUAGUCUGGUGACUGACUGUAGCUCUCACUGGAAUUUUUUUUCUUUUCAAUGAAACUUCUAAACAGAAUAUCAUUUUUGAGGAUUCAUUUUCAUAUGUCUGACACAGCCUUUAUUUGGGACAACUGAGCAUCUCUCGGCCUCAAAGUCCAAGCAUUCCAAGUGAUCUACAGUAUAUAAGUGGGGGAUCAUUUCCUCCAUUCUCAAACGUUCACAUCGACAGAAAAACACUCUGCUGUGCCUCCACCAUGCAGAGCCCGGGACCUGAACAUGAUGAUUCAUUUGAUUUCUUAUUUAAAAUCAUCCUGAUUGGUGACUCUAACGUAGGGAAGACCUGCGUGGUUCAGAAUUUCAAGUCAGGAAUUUUCUCAGAGAAACAACAGAACACCAUUGGAGUGGAUUUCAGUGUACGAACACUCGACAUCGAGGGGAAGAAAGUUAAGAUGCAGGUGUGGGACACAGCAGGUCAGGAGAGGUUUCGUACGAUCACUCAGAGCUACUACCGCAGCGCUCAUGGUGCAAUCAUCACCUAUGACAUCACACGACGUCCCACCUUUGACUCAGUCACACACUGGAUCAAGGAGGUGGAGCUCUAUGGAGCUUCCAAUGUAGUGUUGGUUCUCAUAGGCAACAAAUGUGACCUGGAGCAGGAACGGCAAGUCCAGUUUGAGGAAGCCUGCCACCUGGCUAAAGACAGAGGCAUACUAGCUGCUCUAGAAACAUCUGCAAAGGAGAGUCAGAAUGUGGAGGAAGCCUUCAUGAUGAUGGCCAGAGAGCUGUUGGGUCGCAAUGGCCUUCAUGUCCAGCAGGAGGACAUUAGGAGCAACAACACACCUGGAGUCCUUCUCCGAUCCAACUCUCGGCCAGUAAACGGCAACGUAGGGGCAUACAUGCCACCUGAGAAGAAGACAUGUUGCUGAUUCACACAUGGAUCGGACAGGGGAGAUGACAGGUGACCGAUUUUGGAGGAGGAGGAAUGGAAAAAAGCUCAAAGACGCACAGAUGUGGAUUAUUGGCCUCAAAGGCCUCAAGGACCUUAAAAAAGUAAAAAGUAUUGCAAAAUCAAGGACAAGGAGGUCAGAACAGGCAUGUUUUGUAAUGGCAAUCAGUGUUGGGUACAGUUACACUGAAUCAAACUCAUUUAUAUCAACUAUACCUGCAAAAUCUGUGGGACUGUUACUAUUCAAGUUUCCUCGAAGUUUGCACUAUCAAAAAUAAUCAAAAUCUGACUUGAAAACUAAAGCAAUGCUGUCUUUUUGCUUGAAAUGAACAAUAUAUACUGGGCCUUUCUUACCUUCAGAUCUGCAUAAUCUAAAGGUCACAAAAUUGAUAAAACACAGAAUGUGAACUCAUUGGUUAUUGUAAAAUGUUACUGCUAUUGACCAUGAGAAGCAGGUUAUUGGAAUCGGUUGAAAAAAAUCCACAUGGUGCAUAUCUACUGUACUUUUUGCUUCACUCUGCCGUUAAAACUUCUGAAAUGCUGGGAAAGUCUGUAGUGCAUGAGACUCAGAGUAUUUCACCCAAGUGACCUCUUCUGGUGCCUCUAUGACGAGCUGUGAUCCUCUGCUGCUGCACUGUGGGUGAAAAUGUCCUGGAGAACCCGUCAAGAGGCAGAAGACUGUGAAUUCUACGUUUUUGUGUGACUUUAUCUUUCAUUCUUCACAUUUAUGAUCACUAUCAUGUAUUACGUUGUUAUAAAUGGGCUGUGAAUGUGUUCUGAAUGGGCUCUCACGAUUUCUGAUCAGUUGAUGUGAUGAAGCAGGACAAAGUUUGACUUUCUGUGCAAAACAAGGGUUCUGUAAAGACUUUAAUUUGCACUUGCUGAAGUAUCUUAGGAAAUUGUUGGGCCUUCAGGGGACCACAUUGUGAUCAGUGUCUAGCUAAUGGGAUCCUAAUAAACUAAACUAAACACUAACAGGACUAGAUGACUAUUGCACAUAAUCUCUAACUGUGGGUUGGUUGCUCGUGGACUUAGACUAAAAAACCAAGGUGAUUUAACACAUCUGUGACUGCAUUAAGAAACAAUUAACUACAUUGACAUGCAUGCCCAUAAACAGAAACAAUCACCUUCAGUCACCUUCAAGGCUGAACUUUGCCAAGAUCACUUCCUGCCAACACAACAGUGAAAUUGAUGAAGUAAUGGAGCUGACAAGGCUUACAUCCAGGAUACAAUCUGUCUUUGUGUGUAAUGCCAAGUUGGCACGCCUUAUUUAAACAAUAACCCGGAUGUCUUGCACUGAUUGAUAUUUUCUUAAACUGAUACUUUUAAUCUGCCUUAAUGUUUACUGGUUUGGGACAAUCCAGGUGAAGAGUUGUCCUUUAAUCCAAAGUGAAAAUUCUGUCAUCAUCAUAGUUUAAACAUAGCUCUAGAGUCUAUAGUUUCUCAGGAACUUUGAGCAACUAAAAGUUUUGCAACAUUAAAUAAUAUGGUCCAUGUUCUGAUCCUCUACUGACAGCAGACAAUUUAUAUAACCUGGUUGUAAAUAUGACCAAAAAUGUGGCAAACCACGAAAGGAGAGAGAAUCUGCAUACUAUUGUGCAUUGGUCUCCUGCACACUGGGUGGCGCUAGCUGACCAUCAGGAAAACUUCCCUUGGCUCCCAGAAAAAAAAAAAGUCUGUUUCUUGAAUACAUGUCAUACCUUUUAUAUGCCGCAAUGUAAGGGUCAGGAGUAAGUUGUUUGAUUUGGAUGGCAAACACAAAAAAAACCUUGGCAAUUAGAGACUCAAUUUUCCAUCAUUGUCAAUGAUAUGAAACCAUUUAACAAUUUGGCAAUUUGACUGAUAAUUAUCAGUUAUGAAACAACUGGCAGAUUCCCAUCAAAGUGUCUGGAAACUUAAAUGACCUCAUUAAAACCAUGAGUCACUGUAUGACCCAAUGCAUCUGCUUCCCAUCAUAUUUGAUGACAAACUGGUUGCACUGCAGGUAAACAAGUUCACUGUGUCUACCUGCUUUCUAGCUUGAGCCAUGUCUGUCCAUCACUUAGGUAAAAGAAAUUUCCAGGAAAAAAUUUAUUUAUUAAAACAAGUUGACAAUGUCACAAUGUUGACAAUGUCACAUUAUUUAUACAAAAGAGACCAAAAGCUACUUUCUUUGAAGAAAAAAGUAUCCUGAACUCAUCAUCGAAAUAACUAACUGAAAAAAGAGCACCUGCAGUUCACUGUGUGGAAAACCCAAAGAGUCAUUUUUGUUGGGGUUAUCAGAUCUGAUACAGACUGGACUGGGAAUGUUCUGCACAAAG